GAAGAAACUUGUACUGGACAGACACGGGUACAAACAGGAUUGAAGUAGGACGGUUGGAUGGGAGCGCAAGGAAGACUCUCAUUUAUCAAAACCUUGAUGAGCCUAGAGCUAUUGCUCUCUACGCCGAAAGAGGAACUAUGUACUGGACAGACUGGGGAUCAUUGCCCAAGAUCGAAACAUCAUACAUGGAUGGAACUUCGCGUAGAGUACUGUUCAACACCAAUCUCGUUUGGCCCAAUGGUUUGACAAUUGACAAGAUCAAUUCCAAGCUCUACUGGGCUGAUGCCAGUCUUGAUAAGAUAGAGGAAUCUGACCUUUCAGGAUCAGGCAGAAGAGUACUGAUCAGUCAUUCCGGUAUUCACCCAUUUGGCCUUACACUAUUCGAUGGCGAUCUCUACUGGACUGACUGGGCAAAUAAAAGUGUCUAUUCGUUGAAUAUCGUGAGCGUUAAACAACGACGUAUUGCCUCUGGUAUGGCAAAACCGAUGGAUAUACACGCCUAUAACAAGACCAGCUUACAGGAAGGAAGUAACAGUUGCAGUGUGUCCAAUGGUGGUUGUAGUGAUCUUUGUCUCCCAAUUCCUAACGGUCGCACAUGCGCAUGUUCAGAUGGCUCAAGUUUAAAUAUUAAUGACCCAACUAAAUGUGGUCAAGUUUCUGCGGUAAACUGUUCAGCACCCAGAAUCAGGCCGAACAGCUUCCUGGUAACACAACAAUGUGGACGUCAGAUCGGAGCUACAUGUUCCUUUGCCUGCCAAAGUGGAUACUCGUUUGUGGGUGGUAAUACUACAAUCACGUGUCAACAAAAUGGUAAUUGGUCUGGAGAAGGACCCACUUGUGAAGAUACACAAGCUCCUGUGUUCGCUUCUUGCCCUAAAGACAUCUUGGUGUAUGCUGAGAGAGGAAAAACUUCUUCCAUGGUCAACUGGUCUGCACCCAAUGCCACAGACAAUUCUGGAGAAGCACCAAGCGUAACCCGAGUAACAGGAUACUCACCUCCUGUUAGGCUGAACCAAGGAAUUUAUAACAUGACCUAUAGUGCAACAGAUAGAGUGAAUAAUAAGGCGCUUUGCAGCUUCAAAAUAACUGUACAAGUAAUCAAUUGCACAUCUCAAAAUGCUAUUGGCGUUCUUCGAGUUACUGAAUGCAACAACUAUUAUGGUGGAACUUGCAACUUUACCUGUCCCGUUGGCUACAGGUUAGUAGGCAUGGCAAUGCUGACGUGUUUUGCUACAAAUGGAGGACCCCCAGGUGUGUGGAAUGGAGCAGUUCCUACUUGCCAAGCAAACAGUCAACAGCCUUACGUUUUCGUGUCAAACACGACAAACAUCUUAUCCGUUGGAGCCGAUUUAACUUCCUCAACACCAGUCCUCCAUAACCACAACCGCGCAGUAGCUGUAGAUGUGCACGUAACCCGUGGACUUAUAUUCUGGAGUGAUGUCGCGGAUAAAAGAAUUAAAAGAGCUAGCAUUAAUGGAAGUGAUGUCAAAACCAUUGUGAAUUACUUCAUUGGUGUCUGCGAUGGAUUGGCAGUGGACUGGACGUCGGAUCUCAUCUACUGGAGUGAUACAACCUUGAAUAACAUAGAGGUUGCUCGUAUUGAUGGAACCAACAGAAGAACAUUGAUUUCUGACAAUUUGGAUGAACCCCGGGGAGUUGCAGUUGAUCCACUGUCCAGACUCAUUUUCUGGACAGACUGGGGAAAGGAGCCGAAAAUUGAGCGUGCCUAUCUUAAUGGAAAAAACCGUAGAACAAUCGUCAGUUCUUCACUGGGAUGGCCCAAUGAUAUCACACUGGACCAUAGAUAUUACAAGAUAUACUGGGUUGAUGCUCUGAAUGACAAGAUUGAAUCUUCAGACUAUUCUGGAAACCAUCGCACGAUGCUUUUUCAUCGUCCAGGUAUCCAUCCGUUUGGAGUUGAUUUAUUGAGCACGUCCCUGUUCUGGACUGAUUGGAGGACGAUUCAGGGAGUACACAAGCUGGAUUUGUCAACAGGAGCCGUACAGUCCAAUGUCACCCUAUCUGGAACAGCGAUGGGCAUAGCGGUUUUUGACACCUCUAGGCAGCCAUCAUCAAUCAAUUCCUGUCAGCAAAAUAACGGUGGCUGUAGUCAUCUGUGUUUGUUAACACCCAGUGGUUAUGAUUGCGCAUGUCCAACCGGAUACGGUCUUGGAUCAGACGGGAGAACAUGUAACACGUAUAUCGAGAGGUUCAUCAUUUUCACCGAUGCCGAUAUGCAAACCACGAACAUUAUUUCACUUGAUGUUACAUACAAAACGUGGAAGAUACUUCACCACCACUCAAAUCGCAGUCGUCCAAUAGCCAUUGAUUACGAUCCAGUCGAGAAAAGAAUCUAUUGGACAGACGUUAGUUUAAGGCUUAUUGCAAGUACUUUCAUGAACGCCACAUCAGUUAAAGUGGUUUUUUGGAAAAACGUCUUAGUUCCUGAUGGUUUGGCAGUUGACUAUUUGGGAAGAAACUUGUACUGGACAGACACGGGUACAAACAGGAUUGAAGUAGGACGGUUGGAUGGAAGCGCAAGGAAGACUCUCAUUUAUCAAAACCUUGAUGAGCCUAGAGCUAUUGCUCUCUACGCCGAAAGAGGAACUAUGUACUGGACAGACUGGGGAUCAUUGCCCAAGAUCGAAACAUCAUACAUGGAUGGAACUUCGCGUAGAGUACUGUUCAACAUCAAUCUCGCUUGGCCCAAUGGUUUGACAAUUGACAAGAUCAAUUCCAAGCUCUACUGGGCUGAUGCCAGUUUUGAUAAGAUAGAGGAAUCUGACCUUUCAGGAUCAGGCAGAAGAGUACUGAUCAGUCAUUCCGGUAUUCACCCAUUUGGCCUUACACUAUUCGAUGGCGAUCUCUACUGGACUGACUGGGCAAAUAAAAGUGUCUAUUCGUUGAAUAUCGUGAGCGGUAAACAACGACGUAUUGCCUCUGGUAUGGCAAAACCGAUGGAUAUACACGCCUAUAACAAGACCAGCUUACAGGAAGGAAGUAACGGUUGCAGUGUGUCCAAUGGUGGUUGUAGUGAUCUCUGUCUCCCAAUUCCUAACGGUCGCACAUGCGCAUGUUCAGAUGGCUCAAGUUUAAAUAUUAAUGACCCAACUAAAUGUGGUCAAGUUUCUGCGGUAAACUGUUCAGCACCCAGAAUCAGGCCGAACAGCUUCCUGGUAACACAACGAUGUGGACGUCAGAUCGGAGCUACAUGUUCCUUUGCCUGCCGAAGUGGAUACUCGUUUGUGGGUGGUAAUACUAAAAUCACAUGUUAUCAAAAUGGUACCUGGUCUGGAGAAGGGCCCAUUUGCGCAGUAAUUAAUUGCACAGCUCCAAAUGUUGUUGGCGCUGUCCGGGUUACUGGGUGCAACACCAAUAACGGGGGCACUUGCAACUUUACCUGUCCCGUUGGCUACAGGUUAGUAGGCAUGGCAAUGCUGACAUGUUUGGCUACAAAUGGAGGACCCCCUGGCGUGUGGAAUGGAGCAGUUCCUACUUGCCAAGAUACACAAGCUCCUGUGUUUGUCUCUUGUCCUCGAGACAGCUCGGUGUAUGCUGAGAGAGGAAAACUCUCUUCCGUGGUCACCUGGGCUGCACCCAAUGCCACAGACAAUUCUGGCGAAGCACCAAACAUAACACGAGUAACAGGGUACUCACCUCCUGUCAGGCUGAACCAAGGAACUUAUCGCGUAACUUACAGUGCAACAGAUAGAUCCAAUAAUAAAGCGCUUUGCAGCUUUAUGAUUUCUGUACGAGCAAUUAACUGCACAUCUCAAAAUGCUGUUGGCGUGCUUCAAGUUACUGGUUGCAACAACUAUUUCGGCGGCACUUGCAACUUUACCUGUCCAGUUAACUACCGUUUGGUUGGCAUGGAAACGCUGAUGUGUUUGGCUACAAAUGGUGGACCCCCUGGUGUGUGGAAUGGAGCCGUUCCUACUUGCGAAGCCAUCACAUGUCCAGCCCUUCGUGUACCUGCAAACGCCAGCAGAUCUGGAUGUAGUGGCUCAGUAAAUGAGAGAGUUGGUACUAUAUGUCAGUUUCAAUGUAUCCAUGGUUACAGGCCAUUUGUAGUGGUAUCAAGAACCUGUCGACAAAAUGGAACUUGGAGUGGUAGUGAUCUUUCAUGUUCUGCUGUAAUGUGUCCUCCACUUACGAAACCUAUCCACGGAACAUUAACACCAGCGUCAUGUCUUCAGUACAGUCACUACGGCAGUGUAUGUACUCUUUCAUGCGACAAUGGAUUCCAAAUUGGAGGCACUACCUCUCGUACAUGUACGUCCAAUAGUAUCUGGACGGGACAGAAUGACACUCGUUGUGAAGACAUAACUCCACCAACAUUUUCGGCGUCCUGUCCUAAUAAUAAGGUCUAUGACCUUGACCAAUGUUCUAACAAUAUAACAGUGAACUGGACCAUACCCACUGCCAAAGACAACUCCGGUGUUGUAAGGAUUGUUGAUCCAAGCCACGGUCCGCCAUUGACAUUAUUUUCUGGUGUUUACACUAUCAAUUAUACAGCCAUUGAUCCAACUGGUAACACUAAGCGAUGCUCAUUUAAAAUACAAGUGAACAAACACGUGUGCAGACAUCCUACAAAUCCAGUCAACGGGUUCUUAACAUCCCUAACAUGCAAUAAUGUGUAUGGAUCUGUAGCGACCUUUUCCUGUCGAAGUGGAUACACUAUAAGUGGAUCCAGAACACGUUCUUGUUUGUCCAGUGGUCAAUGGUCAGGUGUAUACACGACAUGUAGGAGAGUAACUUGUCCCGCUUUAAGUCCCCUCAAUUUUGGGACUAUCGAGCCACCGAAUUGCCAUACUGGUUUGCCUGUGGUUUCUGGAACCUGGUGUCUCUUCAAGUGUAACUUGACAAACGGCUACAAAAAUGUUGGUCCUGACAGAACUACCUGCAUUCAGAAUGGGACUUGGUCUGAAGAUGUUAGCAAGAUAUCUUGUCAAGAUCAUGUACCACCUUCACUACGCUGCCCACAGGACACCAAACUUGCCACAGACCCUGGUAAAGACGUUUCUACCUUUUACUGGACAAUCCCUACACCGACAGACAACUCUGGCGAUCAGCCUAGUCUUACUGUCAAACCAGAUGGAAUUGCUCCACCUUACGAGUUUCCUGUGGGGAACACAAUGGUGGAAUAUACAGCUAAAGAUUCAUCAAACUUGAAAACAAGAUGCUCUUUUACAGUUACAGUCCGAGAUAAGGAAGCUCCAACGAAGGUGUACUGUCCUCCUGAUUUUGAAGUUACCAGCGACAAGACGUCUACUGAAGUUUAUUUUCCUCGAGCAAAAUUCGUAGACAACGUUGGUGUGACAAGAAUCAUUACUGAUCGAUACAAUGGGUCAAAGAUGUCUUAUGGAGAACAUAACGUGACUUACACAGCAUAUGAUCGGGCAGGAAACACCGCAACAUGUGUAAUAAAGAUAACUGUAUCAUCAAUUUCAUGUGAGAAACCAGAGCAUCCCAAACAUGGAGCACUUAGCUGUCUCACUUUAACUGGUGGAAUGUACUGUACGGUCCAUUGCUUUAAAGGCUAUGUAUUUCCUGUGCAAAAUCCCUUACAAAUUUGCACUAACAAAGGAAAGUGGAUAACGAAAAAAGUUCCUGAUUGUAAAGAACCACAAAUAGCAAAGGUCACCCUCGAAGGAAUUGUACAUUACAUAGCAAAGCAAUGCGAAAGCAGGAAAGAGGCCAUACGAAAGCAAUUUAUGGCAAAGAUGCAAAAACAUUAUAUGGCUAACAUGCACUGCAAGUCAGAUACAAAUCUGUGUAAGUUAAAGAAGAUAGAAGUAACUUGCAGGAAGGCGCGUAAACGAAGAAGCGUGGAUGAAAAUGACCGGGUUGACAUAUCCUUUGAAAUGGAACUUCCAUUGGUAAAAAAUGCCUCAGCUGAUUUGAACAAAACCGUGGCUGAAUUGAAAUCUUCUGUAAUGGAGACUAUAAACAAAAGUGUGUCAAAAUUGGAAGUCGAUGGCCAAGUCAUCACACUGGACAAAUCUUCUCCAAGUACAUUGAAGUUUGUAAGCUUAUCCUGUGAACCAGGACAAGUGCUGAAAGACGCUGUUUGUGUUAAGUGUCCCUCUGGUUACUUCAUGUCUUUGACCACCAAAUCUUGUUCCCCGUGCCCUGCCAAUCAGUAUCAAGAACUUGAAGGCGAGACAUCAUGUAAAACCUGCCCAUCCGGGACAUCAGGCGCUGAGGGAGAAAUCGGAUCCACAUCUAAUCAAUCUUGCUUGAAAGAUCGAGGAACAGGAUCACCAACGACCAUGAUUGCUGCAAUAGUCGUAAGCUUAGUUGUGGCUAUAUUGUUGGCUAUGUUGAUAUGGAUACUCAAACGUCGCCAGUGUAUCUGCCGCAAGGGGCCUUCAGAAAUCAAAGAAGGCCGUCAGCGUAUAGUGUAUGGACCUAAAGCAAAGGAAGAGUAUGCGGGACCUAGUAUCUUAAAUCCAACUUAUGAAGAGUGUCAUGUUUACGCUGAAAUAGGGGAUCCAAGACCCAUGUACGCAAACCUUGAUGACGACAUAUUCCUAAGUAAAAAUAUGGCCUUGAGAUUUGAAAACGGAGCUUCAUUUAAUAACCAAGGAUUUCGUAUGGACUCUCAAGCCUGAAUUAAAAGGUUAACUGGAGUCAAACCAAAUGUAAGCCGUUUCCAUGAUAGUGUCAUUUUACCUCAACCUUGGUGCUUUGGAAGUUUCUUAAAUUCUAAUAUUUCUCAAUGGAAAAAGUAAUCAAGGCAACUGACGCUUAGGUUAAUAACACAAAAGGAAGUAAUGGAAGUAGUAUGUGACGCAAUAUAUCGGGACUAGAGUCUUAGUAAACAUUGCAAAAUGCAACGCAGUGCAACACAUGCGAUUUGAAAGAAAGAGUAUUAACCACUACUCUGCACUGCUAGACCUUGUAAGCUUCGUUGUUUGUUGUGCACAUUUCGGACCAAGUGAUGUCACUCUUGGGAGUUGAUUCUUUCAUAUGUAAAUAUUUUUAAAAAUUCGUUAAAACCCCAAUUCUCAAAGAAGUGUCAUGUGAUCUGAAAUAGACAAUACCAAAACAAAGCUAAAAGAGCACAUUUCAUAUUGUAAAAUAAUAAAUAAUAAACGAUAAAUAUUAAUCAUUUUUGGUCAUUUUCGAUCAAAACCAAGUGAAUAUAGCCCAUGUUUUUUACCGAUUUAUACCCAUUUUCAUACCUUUUGGAACAUAUAAAUCAUUAAUAAAGGAAAAAAAUUCAAUCAUUUUUGCCCAUUAUGGGGCACGAAGAGCAUGGACUAUAGCCUAUGAUUUUGACCGAUUUUCAGACCUUUUGGAAAUAUAUGUGUCAUUAAUAAAGAUUGCAGAUUUCAUCAUUUCUGGCCUAUUUGCGGCAAAAAGCAUGGACUAUAGCCCAUGGUUCUUAUCAAUGUUGACCGAUUUUCACACCUUUUGAAAAAAUAUGAGUCAUUAAUAAACAGUGCAAAUUCCAUCAUUUUUGGCCAUUUUAUGGUAAAAAGCAUGGACUAUAGCCCAUGGUUCUUACGGAUUUUGACACAUUGUCACACUUUUUGGAAAAAUAUGAGUCAUUAACAAAGCGCGCAAUUUCCAUCAUUUUUGGCCAUUUUGGGGCAGAAAGCAUGGAUUAUAGCUCAUGGUUUUGACCAAAUUUCACCGAUUUUCAAACCUUUUGUAAAAAUAUGAGUUAUUAAUAAAAGGUGCAAUUUCCA